AUGUCGGAGGAACUUCAAAAAGCAGGACUUUAUAUAGACGAUAUAUAUCGGUUACGCGUGCAGGAUCCUCGCAUUGCUACUGAGACCAACGAGUUACGUGAAGAAUGUCUGGAAUAUGCAAACAAACUACAAGAGUUCAAAAAAUUGGCAGCAGACUUCCAUAAAAUAGUUUCUAAAAUAUCCAAGGAUGUGGAAAGAGAAAAGUUACGUGCAAUAGGCACACAAAAUAUUCUUAAGACCAUAGCACAACAACGCCAGGCGGAACAGCAAGUUUAUCAGAGCAAAAUACAUGAGAAGAACACCAACCUGGAUCGUUUGAAGAGCGAAUAUCAAUAUUUGCAGCGAAUCGAGGCCGAGCAACAGGAAACCAUCAACAAUUUUUUGCUUAAUCAAUAA